UUGGACGGGGUUCAUUGUUCGGAGAAAUGAACCUUCGUGGCUCGCCGUGUUUGUGUUGUAGGCAAAAGAGCUACGACACAGCUCGCCGGAGUUGUUCGACGGUUCCACGCAAGUACGAGUACGAUGAAGACGGUCGGCGGUAUCACCUUGACGACAAUGGCAUGGCGUGCUACUACGAUCACAAGAACAAAUCACAUGGCAAAUCUGUGCCUUAUGGGAUAGACGGUUCAUCAGAGGCCUCAACUCCACGACCAACAUUCGUACAAGCUGUAAACGAGGUGAUCGUAGAGAGGCGAACUCAGCCCGCAAAAGAAAUCCUUGCCUGGAAACCGCACAGCAACUCCGUUCGAAACAUCAACACCAGUACGAAGUAGCAACUGGGAAUGAUAUUUUUGUAU